GCAGUGGCUCAUGUGGAUGGACCAGUAUGAAGUUUGGGGUAAGGGCCCUGGGGUGGGAGGUGUUCCCAGCCCAGCAGGCAUGGCCCUAGACUUUCGCCCAUUGUGGGGCCCAUAGCAGGAACCGGGCUGUGGAGGGCCAGUCUGGGCCCUGGGACAGGACCCUCACCCUCUCAGAGGGUCUUCCUGGGUCUUGGGCAGUCUGGAUUCCACUCAGGGCUGGGGCAAGUGUAGGCAGCUUCUGGGCCCCAUUUCUCAGACUAAAGCUGCCCCUUGCCCAAAGGAGCCCUUCAGUGAGGGAGUCUCCACACCCUGGGGGAGGAGCAGGGGAGAAAAGAGCGUCUUUCUUUUUUGCUAAAAGGUGUAUGUGUGUAACUCACCAGUCCAGGAUAAUUUUAACUCAGAGGCUGACCAAAAAAAUGCCACCGGUUGCUUCCCCCUUUUCCUCCCCACGGCUGGAGAGGGAGGCUCAGGCGACAUGCAAACCCCCGCCCACCCAGGUGGGCCCUGCUGAAUGGGGGGCUUGUGCGCAGCCCGAGGGGCGGGAACUGGCGCUCUGCCCACGCCCGCCCCGCCCUCCAAGCCCCAACCCUCAGAGCCUCAGCCUGGCUGCCGCCACCAGCGAGCCACUCAGAGUUCUUGCAACCAUGGCCAGAGCCCUCACUCUGGCCCUUCUCUUGCUCGGGCAGCUCCUGGCCGUGACCGUGACCGUGACCAAGGCACAGAAAGUGGGGCCUCGGGGCCCCCCUGGUCCCCAAGGGCCACCUGGGAAGCCUGGCAAGGAUGGCAUUGAUGGAGAAGCUGGUCCUCCGGGUCUGCCUGGGCCCCCGGGACCGAAAGGGGCUGCAGGGAAGCCUGGGAAACCAGGAGAGGCCGGGCUGCCGGGGCUGCCUGGCGUGGAUGGUCUGACCGGUAGGGAAGGACCGCCUGGACCCAAGGGCGCCCCUGGAGAACGGGGAAGUCUGGGGCCCCCGGGGCCACCGGGGCUUGGGGGCAAAGGCCUCCCUGGACCCCCUGGAGAGGCAGGAAUCAGCGGGCUCCCAGGAGGACUCGGCCUCCGGGGCCCCCCGGGGCCCUCUGGACUCCCAGGCCUGCCUGGCCCUCCGGGACCUCCUGGACCCCCUGGUCACCCAGGGGUCCUCCCCGAAGGCGCUACUGACCUUCAGUGCCCAGCCAUCUGCCCCCCAGGGCCCCCUGGCCCCCCAGGAAUGCCAGGGUUCAAGGGACCCACCGGCUACAAAGGGGAGCAAGGAGAAGUCGGCAAGAGUGGCGAGAAGGGUGACCCUGGCCCCCCUGGGCCCGCUGGCAUCCCUGGCACAGUGGGACUGCAGGGCCCUCGGGGGCUCCGAGGACUGCCAGGGCCGCUCGGGCCCCCCGGGGACCGGGGUCCCAUCGGGUUCCGAGGACCCCCCGGGAUCCCAGGAGCCCCUGGGAAAGCGGGUGACAGAGGCGAGAGGGGCCCAGAGGGGUUCCGUGGCCCCAAGGGUGACCUUGGCAGACCUGGUCCCAAAGGAGUCCCUGGAGUGGCGGGGCUGGUUGGAGAGCCAGGCAUGCCGGGCAAGGACGGCCGGGAUGGCGUGCCAGGACUGGAUGGCGAAAAGGGAGAGGCUGGUCGCAAUGGUGCCCCAGGAGAGAAAGGCCCCAACGGGCUGCCGGGUCUCCCUGGAAGAGCGGGGUCCAAGGGUGAGAAGGGAGAACUGGGCAGAGCCGGAGAGCUGGGCGAGGCCGGCCCCCUAGGAGAGCCUGGCAUCCCGGGAGACGUAGGCGUGCCCGGGGAGCGAGGCGAGGCCGGCCACAGGGGCUCAGCGGGGGCUCUUGGCCCACAAGGCCCUGCUGGGGCCCCUGGCAUCCGAGGCUUCCAGGGCUGGAAGGGCAGCAUGGGGGACCCCGGCCUGCCUGGCCCCCAAGGCCUCCGUGGCGGCGUGGGCGACCGGGGCCCGGGAGGAGCCACAGGCCCUAAGGGAGACCAGGGUAUCGCUGGUUCCGAUGGUCUUCCCGGGGACAAAGGCGAACUGGGACCCAGUGGACCUGUUGGACCCAAAGGAGAGCCCGGCAAUCGAGGGGAGCUGGGCCCAAAAGGCAUCCAGGGUCCCAACGGCACCAGUGGCGUAGAGGGCGUCCCGGGCCCCCCCGGGCCCGUGGGCUUCCAGGGCAUACAAGGCAUGCCUGGCAUCACCGGGAAACCUGGAGUCCCAGGGAAGGCAGCCAGUGAGCAACGCAUCAGGGAGCUGUGUGGGGGCAUGGUCAGUGAACAAAUCGCACAGUUAGCUGCUCACCUGCGGAAGCCAUUAGCGCCGGGAUCCAUCGGUCGGCCUGGACUGGCUGGCCCCCCAGGUCCCCCUGGGCCCCCAGGCUCCAUUGGUCACCCCGGUGCUCGGGGCCCCCCUGGAUAUCGUGGUCCCACCGGAGAGCUGGGAGACCCCGGACCCAGAGGAAACCAGGGGGACAGAGGAGACAAAGGCUCGGCUGGCGUGGGUCUGGACGGGCCCGAUGGAGACCAGGGGCUCCAAGGACCGCAAGGCGUGCCUGGCGUUGGCAAAGAUGGCCAAGACGGGGCCCAUGGCGAGCCCGGGCUGCCUGGAGACCCUGGCCUUCCUGGCACUGUUGGUGCUCAGGGAACCCCUGGCAUCUGUGACACCUCAGCCUGCCAAGGAGCUGUGAUGGGCGGGGGCGGAGAAAAGUCAGGUCCUAGAAGCUCCUAAACCACCACCUAGGAAGUAAGAGAGAUGACGACUGCAGCAGUGGGUUCUGGAGGGACACCGGGGACCAGCAGCACCCCUUACCAAGGGGAUGACACACUGCACUGGACAUCCAGCAAGGCCUUGCUGGCCUGUCCCCUGCAUCCUCGAUGGUGGUGCCCGGGCACCUGGUCCCCGUGAGCAUCCUUCAGCAGCUGCUGGGAAGUUCUGUCUUGUGUCUACAGCAGCCAGCCCAGCUGUAACGUCAGACCUCGGCCAUGGGCCCUGUGCCGUAUCACCGGGAAGGACACAGAUGUGCACACAGUUUGUACAAGCCCACGAGAAAAUUUAGCAACUUGUUCACAUGGCAUUUAUGUAAAGACUAAAGUAUAAUCCCAAUAAAAUGAUAAAUUUUCAGAUUCAUGACUGGCCACAAUGUAACAAAAAAAUAAAGGAUUUCAUUACCGUGCCUUCCACA